GAUCUUCGCCUACGCCGCCUGGUUAAGCGCCGAUAAAAAACCUAUAUUAAUCUUACGCCGAAAAAGGUGCGGUGGGGAAGCCAUUGGAGCCUGCUCUUCUUCUUCUUCUUCUUCGCGAGCUCGGCGUCGGAAAGAGGUGAAGUGAUUCCGUGAACACAUAAGAGGGACUGUUACAGCUUCGUGAUCUCGCUGCGGCAUGAUGAGCGGACUGACCUAUGAUGAUUCGUUCUCCGAUCAAAACAUUCUUCGGGCUAGUGGAUUGGGAGAACUGCAGCCUUGUCUAGGUCAUAACAACAGUGCGGAAUUGCCCCAAAUGUCUAGUGUCAACCCUACUUCGUCCGCGAGGAGACUAAAACCGCUAAGUUUAGCAUCAAUGGCUGGCCAGUCCGAUCCCCAGCUCUCCUUACUCUCUGCUCCAGAGGUGGAGUUUUUGGCUGAGGAUGAAAUGGUGGAGAUUGUUCCCAACAUCAAAAUGGAGUCUUUGAACAUGAUCUGUGGAGAUUUUGGCCCUUUCUUUCCGCAAAUUGCUUGCAAAGUACCACUUUGGCUAGCAGCAGCUCUGAAGAAGCGUGGGAAGUGCACCAUCCGCACACCAGAGUGGAUGUCGGUCGAUAAACUGACACAAGUACUCGAAACAGAAAGAGAGACACCUAGGGAAUUUCAACCAUUGCCUUUUCACUACAUUGAAAUUUCAAAGCUUUUGUUUGACCAUGCUCAUGAUGAUGUUCAAGAUACAUACAUGGUGAGAUCUUUAAUUGAAGAUAUUAGAGAUGUGAGGUUUCAUAAGGUAGAAUCUGGCUUAGAGAAUAUAUCUGGUCGUACACAUGCGGUGAAGCUAAAAAAUCUCUCUGCAAUGGAAGUAAAUAUUGUGAGGCCGUUCAUGAUGAGGACUUUACAAGCUUUCUAUAAGCACGAUAAUCCUCAAAUCAUCCAGCAACACAAUAUCUCGGGAAGGAAACAGCCACAAGUGUUAACUCGCAGCACACGAAAUCUGCGGCCGAGGUAGCAACUGACUCGCCACAAUCUGAUGAUUUCAUUCGCUCUCCAUGCGACGUGUAUGUUUAGUUUGCUUCGAGUUCUCUUGGGCCAUGAAGUUUACCCUUCAUUUGGUUACAUGUUGCUAGUUUCUUGUUUGCACUCGUCAAUUCUAUCAUCUUUUCCUUUGCUUUUGUAACCAGACUUAGUCGAAACUAAUUGAUAGAUAAACCUCUAAUUCUGUUUUUUUUUUAAAAAAUAUCUUUAUUAUUGUUGAGUAUUUCAUGGUUUACGCAAUUACAA